GUUCCUGAGGGGAAGGACGCAGAGAGAUUUUCUUCCCAGCUUCGUCGCCUUCUGAACCUCCCAUUCCAGGCCGGCCCGGUGGCGUCACCUUCAAACAGGCCUGGUGCUCCUGGUCUAUUGUUUACCAGCCUCUUUUCUCUCAGAGGGACAGAAGAAACCUUCCCCACUCCUGUGUGAAAUCGACUAAGGUGGAAACAACCAUGCAUCUAAAGGUGGAAGUGGCUGCCCAAAUUCUGCUGGGCUUUGCCUUUUGUCAGAUGUUCGGUACCCACAUUCCCUGCCGGGAGCCCUCCGAUGCAGAGCUGGAAUCCAUGCUCAGCCGCUUUCUUGCUCCUGGAGUCAGCUUAUUGGCUCAAAUGGAGGAUGUUUUACCUGACCAGGACCUGAAGUCGUGCCCUGUGAAUGUCAGCCAGACCUCGUCCCGCCUCCAGGACAGGAGCGCCUCCCCAUGGUCAUACAGGGUCAACGAAGACCCCCGCCGGUACCCCCGGAGGGUGCUGGAAGCCUACUGCUUGUGUGAGGGCUGCCUGGUAGACAGGCAGGAGGACAGGUCUGUGCAGAGUGAGCCCUUUUACCAGGAGGUGCCCGUUCUGCAGAAAUCCGGCCAGUGUGAGGCAGGCCAGUACGUUUACCAGCCCAGCCGCCUGCAAGUCGCUCAGUUUUGCAUUUGCACGUUCCCUUGAGACAGGCAAAAUGCUUUCACCUGUGGCCACCACCCUGCAGCCUGCCUCAGUGCCCCUGCCAACACAACACUGCCGCUGUCAUUCGGCCGGGGAGCGGAAUGAAUGCCGGAGCCUCGUGAACCAGUGCUGGCAAGGGUACUGGCCCUGGACAAAGACAACAGCCAUCUCAUGGAGACCCACGUAACGGCCAGCACACUCACCAUGCCCGCCGCUACUGUCAUUCACCAGUGGCACAGUCUACAGAGGACUUUCCAAUGGCCAGUCCCAUUGCUAACCUGGUUUCCUCCUUGGGGGGGAUCUAGGCCACAGCCAGGUGGGACUGGCUGUUUUUCAGCUUUGCCAAGUGCUGCUAAGGCAGAGAGGACCUGCAGCCCAUGGAGUUCCCCAGGGCAGCUUGCAGCUAACCCCAUUUAUAAUACAGGCUGAGAGAGGUCCAGCCCACAAGGUGACAGGCCCACGUCAGAAUGCUCCAUCUUGAUCCAGGGAGCGGAUUCUCGCUCAAGAAGGGGCUUCACGUGCUGUGACCUGUCGUCUCUGUGAGCUGCACCUCCACGUUAAACAGAAGAGAACUGCAGUCUGCUUUCUUGGAAGGGCACAGCCCUCGAGCUCUGGGCAGGCUGCCCAUGUGGUCCUUGGCUAGGCAAUGGUUGAGUGCCCCGUUCAUGGUCACACACAGCUUCAGAGACCACAAAGAGCAACCUGCCCCUCAUUCGCUUCUCCAGGGUCCUGCAGAGAGGGGAGUUGCUUUGCUGGGAUGGACGCGACCAGCGGAUUCCACUCAGGAUGAUCCUACGGGAUGUGCUUGGUCUGCAGCGCUGUUGUCGCCAGAAAUGUCUUUGCAGCCUGAGGAGCCAGAGCAGAAGUGGAGCCAGUGGGCUGAGGCGCGUUAGAAGGUUGGCAACUGCCCAGGCCUUGGGAAUGCUCAGUUCCUAGUCAGGUGCAAUCAGACUAUGCAGUCCUGCUGCUCUGUCUUUGGAGGCCUCCAGAAGGCAGGAGGGGGAGGAGGCUUCCUCCCACAGCAGGGGUCCACUGAACUGGGCUGCGAGGCAACAUUGCACAGGGAGACCGUAUGGCUAAUCCUCUCCACUAAUAAAUGUUU